ACGUCACAGCUAGAAGAUGAAGGCGCAGAGGCAGCCAUUACUGGAGGUUCUGUAAUUAUCAAAACCAAAUAAAUAUUGGCGGAAAACUUCCAUGGCAAGAACCACUAGUCAAAUUUACGAUGCAGUUCCCAUUCAGUCCAGUGUUAUCUGCUCCUGCCCAUCUCCAUCAAUGGUAAGAAACCAGCCGGACUGCAGCUCACCGCUCGCUGUGCAGGGCGCAGGCAGCAUGGAGCCCCGGGCCUCCCCCAAGCCCGGCGACAAGGCCCCGCAGCCGCGCAAGAAGAGGCCGGAGGACUUCAAAUUCGGCAAGAUUCUAGGAGAGGGCUCUUUCUCGACAGUUGUACUGGCAAGAGAACAUUCAACGGGAAAGGAAUAUGCAAUUAAAAUUCUAGAGAAGCGGCACAUCAUGAAGGAGAACAAGGCGCAGUACGUGAAGCGAGAGAGAGAUGUCAUGUCAAUCCUAGAUCACCCCUUUUUCGUCAAACUCUACUUCACAUUUCAAGAUGAGGAAAAGUUGUAUUUUGGCCUGAGCUAUGCGAAAAAUGGGGAACUACUUAAAUACAUUCGCAAAAUAGGUUCUUUUGAUGAAACCUGUACUAGGUUCUACUCAGCUGAAAUAGUUUGUGCACUAGAAUAUUUGCAUUCGAAGGGGAUAAUUCACAGGGACCUUAAACCGGAGAAUAUUUUACUGAACGAAGAGAUGCACAUUCAAAUAACAGAUUUCGGAACUGCAAAACAGUUAUCUUCAGAUAGCAGACAAGCAAGAGCAAACUCUUUUGUAGGAACUGCACAGUACGUCUCUCCAGAACUGCUGACUGAGAAGUCUGCCUGCAAAAGCUCUGACCUCUGGGCUCUAGGCUGUAUAAUCUACCAAUUGGUUGCAGGAUUGCCACCAUUUAGAGCUGGAAACGAGUACCUAAUAUUCCAGAAGAUAAUAAAGCUGGAGUAUGAAUUUCCGGAGAAAUUCUUUCCUAAAGCAAAGGAUCUUGUUGAACAGCUCUUAUCCUUGGACCCCACCAAGCGGAUUGGCUGUGAGGAGAUGGGCGGGUACAACCCCCUGAGGGCCCACCCCUUCUUCGAGAUGAUCUCAUGGGAGAACCUGCACCAGCAGACGCCCCCCCAGCUCAUCCCCUACCUGCCCGCCAUGUCUGAGGAUGACGAAGACUGCUAUGGGAAUUACGAUGACCUCCUCAGCCAGUUCACCAACAUGCAGGUGGCCCAGUCGAGCUCCUCCCACUCGCUCUCUGUGCCCGAGUCCAUCCCCCCGCAGAGGUCCAGCAGCAACAUCGAGCAGUACAUCCACGACCUGGACAACAACUCCUUCGAGCUGGACUUGCAGUUCUCCAGCGAGGAGAAGCAGCUGCUGCUGGAGAAGCAGACCAGCGGCAAUCCCUGGCACCAAUUUGUAGAGAACAAUUUAAUACUCAAGAUGGGGCCAGUGGACAAAAGGAAGGGGCUGUUUGCCCGCCGGCGCCAACUGCUGCUGACAGAGGGACCGCACCUUUACUAUGUGGACCCAGUCAACAAAGUCCUGAAGGGGGAGAUUCCCUGGUCCCCAGAGCUGCGCCCAGAGGCCAAGAACUUCAAAACUUUCUUUGUUCACACGCCAAACAGGACAUAUUAUCUAAUGGACCCUAGCGGAAACGCGGACAAAUGGUGUAAGAAGAUUCAAGAAGUGUGGCGGAAGAUUUACCACAAGCACCAAAACACUGGCAUAUAGUUCCAACACCCCAAAAGGCCCACUGUCCCCGCUGUGACAAGACCUCUCCUCCAUUUCUGAGUUCUGUCACCCUCCUGAGAGCCCUGGCUCACAAGUUUUGACACCUCUUUUUACAAAGGCUGGCUUCUAAAAUUUAAUUUAAAAAAAUAAAUUUAAAAAAAAAAAAAAAACAACAAAAAAAAAGGAAAUAGGAAAACAGACUAAUGGAAUUCAGGGUUGCUCUGCUCUGCUUGUUCUCCAUGCUUGCGUUGAGGCUUUGGUAGCAUAUGGUCACAUGUGGAUGGAGAUCCGGCUUUCACACACCGCUGCUGUCCCGCUGCAGAAAACCAUACCAUGCAGGAGAACACGCUUCAGUAGGAUAGAAUUCCACACGUGCACAUGCUUCCAUAUUAUGUAGUGCAGCCCUGUGGUUGGGAGGGAGAGGGCGGGAAAGGGCCUUAUUCCUAUGAGUUUAUUCAAAUCAAAACCAUCAGGGAGCCUUACAAUAAUAAUGAUAAUAAUAAUGAUGAUGAUAAUAAUAAUAACAAUAAAAACUCCAACGAGCUAACCUUCAAAAUUAGAUUUGCCUGGUUUUCCUUCCUCUUUGCUCAAUAUAAGCAGCUUGCAGUCCUGUCAAUAGUGGCUUCACUUCUUUCUGACAGCAGUUUUACAGUGGUACUUAAAUUAAGCAUCAGUGUCUGUGCUGAAGUGUGGGUCCUGGGUAGACAGCCUGAUUACUGUCAGUGAUACUAUAAAACACACAAAGCAGCAAGUAGAGGGGGAAAAAAAAAACUUGCAGUCCUUUCUGUAAUACUUGCUUACGCUCCCUGCAUGACCAGUUGUAAAUUGCAAAAGUGUAGUUUUGCCUCACUGGCUCUUUUGAAAGGGUACUGUGAGAAUUGCAGAUCCAUUGCUGAGCAUAGUUAACUAAAGUUAAGAUGGGUAUUUUGGCUGAGUUGACGACCUUUAGUGAUAGAAAAACAACAUUUAGCUGUAAUAUGCCAGCAAGUGGCAUUUUCUUUAGUGCAGUUUAUAAUUAUAAAGAUAAUUUUUGGGCAGGGUAGCAUGUUCAUCUUGAGUGUGUCCUGUUCAGAAAAAAAAUCAGAUGCUGUCUACCAUGUGUAGAUCAGCUCUAGUAUAGAAACGAUGUAUUCAACAGUGAAUUGUUCUUAUUACUACUACUGUUAUUUCUUUUAAGCAGCAGAACUCUUCGAUACAAGUGUGACUAUCCAGUUGCCAUGGUUGCACAGUUCACACCAGGUUUAUGAAGCAGCAAGUUUCUACAAGCUUGUAAUGGGUCUCUACAUCAGACCUGACCUAUAAGUCGAAAAGCUGUUUUUUGUUUUAGAGGAAGCUGGAUGCCAUGGUGUCAGCUGAGUCAGUCUGCCAGGGGUAUCUGUGGGCUGUGUCUGUAGAAGCAUUCUCACACUAUGACGUAAUCAAUGUGUUUGGAUGUCAGCAAAAGGCGAUUCAAUCCAAAUAGCAGAUGAAAUUGCUGUAUCUGUAUUUCAAAUUUAGCAAGUCCAGGAAGUGUUUAUUUUUCUCUUGCUAGAUCUUUCUUUUUUUUUUAUCAGGUUGGCGACAGUCGGUUACAUUGUGUAUUUAAUACUCUACCUGGUUUGUAACCGACCAGAACUGUGAUGUACAGAUGACGUAUUAAUGAAAUCUGAAGCAAGUAAUGCAAUGAUAUUAGGAUACACACUUUUUGUAUUUUUAUUCUUGUAUAAGGUUAUUUGCUGGCUAUUGUUCAGCCUCUAGUUCAUUCUGUGUUAUUUAAAUUCUAAUAUAUGAAUCAUGUUUGGAUUGAAGUCAUGUUCAGGGGCCAUGUUGUGUAUGUAUUGAGAUGUAAAGCCUUUGAAUGUGAAUAAUUAUUGUAAACUAUGAUAUUUUGCAACUUUUUUCUUACUUUAUUAUAUAAAUUUUCUAUUUGGUCAGUGAUUUAAUCAUAUUUCUCAUAAUUUAAUGAAUCUGUUUAUUCUCUUUACGAUUAUUUGUGCGCUAGGUAUAGUUGUUGAUGGAUGAAUUUCCCACAUAAUGCUUGGUAGUCCUAUAAUAAAAGCAUGUAGGGUUUUAG